AUGACUGCUCAGAUGAAGUGGUCUGAUAAAUUUAUGGCAUUAUUCAAUGAACUUGUAUUAGAGACGAGUCAAACACAAAAUGACAUUAUAACAAAAAAAUUGCAUGAUUUAGUACUUAUUGUAGUAAGAGAUCUUCAAGGAGAUGGAGUAUCUACAUUUAUUAAUGAAAUAUCAUCAAAUCUCUUAAGAAUUCUUAAAAAACCUGAGGUAAGUGAAAAACAAAAUAAUGCAAUAAUUAAUCUUGUUGACUUCUUUAUUAGUUCAGAUAUUGAUGAUUCAUAUCCACGAACUAAUGGUAAAGAUAUAAUUGAUUGUAUUAUGAAAUCAAGUAAUCAAAAUGUAGUUCAAAAUGCAUCAGUAGUAUUAGGAAAAAUUAUUCGAUUAGGACCACAUGAUUUAGUAGAGAAAGAAUUAGACAUUGCUAAUAGUUAUUUAGAAAGAGAACCAAAAAUUAAUGGAGCAUUAAUUAUGCAAGAAAUUGGAUUAAAUAAUCAAGUAAUUUGUUUUAUGAAUCAAAAUAAAAUAAUAGAAAGUUUACUUAAAGGGUUAUAUGAUAAAAAUAUUAAUGCAAGAACUGAAUCAGAAAAAGCAUUAAGUAUAUUAUUUAAUUUAUUUACAUCAAAAGAAUCAAAUAAUUUUGAUCCAGAACCAUUAUAUAAACAAGCAGUAAUAUAUUUAAAACAAACUAAUUCAGCAGAUCUUCAACAUGGAGCAUUAUUAUUAAUGGUAAGUUUAUUAAGAAAUUGUAAAGAAUAUAUGAAACCUAAAUAUAAUGAAGUAUUACAAAUGUUUUUAAAUGUAAAAGAACAUAAAAUUAUGGUUAUUAGAAAAACUGUUAUUACAUCAUUACCAUAUUUUGCAGAAUUUGAUUGUGAAUCAUUUGCACCAAAAAAUAAAGAAGUUAUAGAAAGUUUUCAAAAAGAUAGAAAAAGUAUUGCAGAUUUUGCACAAUUUGAACAUGAUGAAUUAACAAAAAUUAAAUGUGAAGAACCAUUUAAUGGAAUAAUGAAUUAUUUAAUUAAUUCAAUAAAAUCAUUUAAUGAUAAAAGUAUUGUAUUUACAGUUAUUGGAGAUAUUACAAAAGAAAUCAAAUUUGAAAUGUAUGCAUUUGUAGAACAAGUAUAUUCAAAAAUGAGAGAAAUAAUUAAUUCUAAAGAAAAAAAAGUAGAAAUAUUAAAUUCAAUAAUGUAUUGUAUGGAACAAUUUGUUAUUAAUAUUCCAGUACCACGAGUUUUUGCAUUAAUUCAUAAAACAUUUCCAACAUUAUUAGAAUUAGGAUUAUCAAAAUCAUUAGUAUCAUUAAUUAAUCAAAGUUGUACUAUAUAUAAUAAUCCUACAUAUCGUCUUCAAACACAAAAAUUAUUAUUAGAUGUUAUUUGUGGAAUAUUAUUAGGAAAAGCAUUUAUUCCAUUUGGUGCACCUGAACAUUUAAAAAUGUUUAAUAGAAAUAUUAUACCAACAGUAGAAGGAGAAGAACAAAUAAUAUUAGCACUUAAUACAUUACAUUCAUUUAAAUUUAAACAUAAUAUUGUACCAGUAGUUAAAGAAUGUAUAAUGAAAUAUAUAGAUAAUGAAACUAAAAAAAUACGUCAAGAAGCUGCAAUGUUAACACAAGUACUUCUUCCACCAAUAGAUAUAACAAAAAAAUUUAUUUCUACACUUGAUGUUACAGAAGUAUUAGAAAAAUUACUUGAUCAUGGAUUAAGUGAUUCAGAAAGUGAAAUUAGAUUAACAAUAAUGAAAUUAUUAGAUGAACGAUUUGAUAGUUUUCUUGCACAAUCAAAAAAUAUUCAAACACUUUUUGUUAUUUUAAAUGAUGAAAAUUUAAAAGUUAGAGAAUAUGCUAUUAAAAUUAUAGGAAGAUUAACACAUUAUAAUCCAGCAUUUGUUAUGCCAUUAUUUAGAAAAACUAUUAUUAGGUUAUUAACAGAAUUACAAUUUAUUAACGAUCUUAAAACAGAUGAACAAGUAACUCUUUUAAUGGGACAAUUAGUUAAAUCAUCAGGUAAAUUAACUAAACCAUAUGUUGAACCAUUAUUAAAUAUUUUAUUACCAAAAUUAGAAGAAUCAAUAAAUAAAUCACAUAGUACAAUAUGUAUUUAUAUAUUAAAUAUAAUUGGAGAUUUAACAACAAUUGGAAAUGAUAAUAAUAAUAAUAAUCAAUAUACACAAGGAUUAAUGAAAUGUAUAAUUAGUGUAUUACAAGAUAAAGGAAAUUCACAAAAGAAAAGUCUUAGAAGAGAAUCAGCAUUAAUUGCAUUAGGAAAAUUAGUAAGAAGUAUUGGAUAUGUUGUACAACCAUAUUAUGAUUAUCCAGAAUUACUUGGAUUAUUAAUUGAAGUUGCAAGUAAUGAAAGAAAUCAAGAUAUUAAAAUAGAAUUAAUAAAAGUAUUUGGAAUUAUUGGAGCAAUUGAUCCAUAUAAAUAUAAAUUAUUAACAGAAACAGAAGGAGUAAAUCAAAAUGAUGAUUCAGAAACAGUUGAAUCAUUAUUACCUAAUUCACAAAUAGGAACAGAAGAAUUUUAUGCAAUGACAGUAAUUGGAUUAUUACUUAAUAUUUUAAGAGAUAAUAAUCUUGUUUCUGGACAUGAACAAACAGUAAAAACAUUUGUUAAAGUUAUUUGUUAUUUAAAUAGAAAAACAUUACCAUAUAUUCCACAAAUUUUAUCAUUAUAUUUAAAAUUAUUUAAAACAUGUACUAUUAAUGUAAGACCAGCAUUAAUUAAAGGAUUAGCUGAUAUUAUGUAUCUUAUUGAAAAAAAUAUUAGAGAAUAUCUUCCAGAAAUAUUUAUAUUAAUUCAAGAAUGUUGGGAUGAUAAUACAGUAUUACCAAUAUUACAAUUAGUUUGUGAAAUUGCUAAAGUAAUGCAUGAUGAAUUUAAACAAUAUAUGCCUCAAAUGCUUUCAUUAAUUAUAUCAGAAUUAAAUAAAUAUGUAUUUGAACAAAAUAGUUUAAUAUUUGAAAAAAUUAUUAAUUCUAUUGUUAUAUUAGCUGAACAUAUUGAUUUUGAAGAUUAUCUUCAUUUAGUUAUUCCAAGUAUUAGUGAUCUUGUUAAUGAACAAGUUCAUGUAAGUAUUGUUCUUCCUACUUUAAAAGCUUUAUAUAAAUUUUUACAAUAUGUUAAUGCAGAAGAAUUUAUUAGUCGAUUAGUUCUUCCAUUAACUAGAUUAUUACAAAAUGAAAUUUUAAGAGAUACAACUAUGGAUGUUUUUUGUAGUAUAGCAGAUAAUCUUGGUAAAAGAUUUUUAGUUUAUGCACCAACAAUUAAAUUUGCAUUAAAUAAAUAUUGUCCAAAAUAUAUUAAUCAAAGAUAUGAAACAUUAACAAUAAAACUUCAAGAUAUACCUGAUGGACUUGUAUUACCAAUAGAUGAAAAUGAAGGACAAAAUGUUACAAUAUCAGAAGAUCUUCAUACACAAGUUACAAACUUUAAUCAAGAUACAACAAUUAAACCAAAUGCAGAUAUAAUUAAAGUAAUUGCAGUUUGGGAAACAUAUAGACAAAGAAGAAGUAAAGAAGAUUGGUUUGAUUGGUUUAGACAAAUUGCUAUGGUAUUUUUAAAAGAAAGUCCAAGUCAAUCAUUAUGUUAUUGUCAUUUAUUAUCAACAGACCAUUUUCCAUUAGCAAGAGAUUUAUUUAAUUAUGCAUUUUUAUCAAUGUGGCAAGAUUCAACAGAUAAUUCACAAAGAUUAACUAAAUGUUUAAUAAAAGUAUUAGAAAAUAAUAAUACUCCACAUGAAAUUAUUCAAACAAUAUUAAAUUUAUGUGAAUUUAUGGAAAGAGAAGGAAUUAAAGUUCCUAUUAAAUCACUUGGAGAUUAUUCAAAAAAAUGUAAUGCAUAUGCUAAAGCAUUACAUUAUAAAGAACAAGAAUUUAUUGAAAAUGCUAAUAUUAAUUUAAUUGAAGAACUUAUUGGAUUAAAUAAUCAAUUACAAAAUUAUGAUGCAGCUGCUGGAUUAAUUGAAUAUACUAAACAAAUUAAACAAGUUCAAAAUAAUGAUACAGAAUUAAAUCAAACAUGGUAUGAAAAAUUAGGAAGAUGGCAACAAGCAUUAAAUAUUUAUGAAAGAAAAUUACAAGAAGAUAUUAAUAAUCCAGAACUUCUUGUUGGUAAAUUAAAUUGUUUACAUGAAAUUGGAGAUUGGGAAUCUCUUGAUAUAACAGCAAAAACAUUAUGGAAAAUUGGAGAUAAAAAAUCAAUAUCAAGUGCAAGAUCAUUAUAUGCAGCAGCAUUAUGGUAUUUAGAUGAUUGGAAUGAAUUUGAUUCAAUUGUUAGUGAAAUGACUGAAAAUAAUUUUGAAAAUAAUUUCUUUAAAAGUAUUAAUUGUAUUCAUAAUGAAGAAUUUGAAAAAGCUAAAAAUCUUAUUAAUCAACAAAGAAUUGCAUUAGAUACAGAAUUAAGUUCAUUAGUUGGUGAAGUAUAUGAAAGAUCAUAUUCUACUAUUGCUAAAGCACAAAUGUUAGCAGAAUUAGAAGAAGUUAUUGCAUGUAAAGAAGGAUUAUAUAAUCAAGAUGCUAAAAGUAUUUUAAAAUCAGCAUGGAGUGAAAAAUUAAUAAAUGCUAAAGCAGAUGUAAGUAUUUGGCAAAAAUUAUUAAAAAUAAGAAGUUUUGUAUUAACAGAAACAGAAAAUAGUGAAUCAUGGAUUAAAUUUACAGGAUUAUGUUAUAAAAAUGGAAAAUAUAAAUUAGCAAUGAAAACUCUUGAUAGAUUAGCUGGAAUUAAUAUUGAAAAUCAUCUUGAAGAAUUACAACCAAGUAAACUUCGUAUUGGAAUUCAAUAUCUUAAAUUACAAUGGAAAGGAGCUAAAGAUAUUGAAGAAAAAAAGAAAUUAUUAAAUAUAUUACAAAAUUUUGCAAAUAUUAUUGAAGAAAGAAGAGGAGAUGAUUUAAAUUUAAAAGCAGUUGUUUGUUCAAAAUUAGGUGAAUGGAAUUUAUAUAUUGCACAAAAUAGUAAUUCAUUUAAUUAUGAAACUAUACCUAAUAUUUUAAUGUAUUAUCAUAGUACAAUUCAAUAUGAUCCUGAAAGUUAUAAAUAUUGGCAUCAUUGGGCAUUAAUUAAUUUUGAAAUUGUUUCAUAUAUUGAAUUAGAUGAAAAUUAUAAUGAAGAAGUAUUAGUAGAUUAUCUUAAAGUUAGUAUUGAAGCAUUUGUAAAAUCACUUAUUUUAACUAAAAAUAAUCAAACUUUACAAGAUACUCUUAGACUUUUAACUAUUUUAUUUAAAUAUGGAAAAUAUCAAGAAGUAGAAGAAGCUAUUAUUGAAGGUAUUCGUGCUCUUCCUGUAGAUAUUUGGUUACAUGUUAUUCCACAAAUUAUUGCACGUAUUCAAUCAAAUGUACCUGCUGUUAAAAGAGUAAUGACAGAUUUAUUAACUACUAUUGGUAAAAAACAUCCACAAGCACUUGUUUAUCCAUUAACUGUUGCAUCUAAAUCACCUUCAUAUGAUAGAAGAAAAACUGCUAUGUCUGUUAUUGAAAAAAUUAGAACAGAUUCUGGACAUCUUGUUGAACAAGCAUUACUUGUUAGUGAAGAACUUGUUCGUAUUGCUAUUUUAUGGCAUGAAGCAUGGCAUGAAGCACUUGAAGAAGCAUCAAAAGAAUUUUAUGUUAAUCAUUCAUUUGAUGGAAUGAUGGCAAUUUUACAACCAUUAUAUGAUAGAUUAGAAAAAGGUGGUGAAACACAAAAUGAAAGAGGAUUUUUACAAUCUUAUGGAAAAGAUCUUAGAGAUGCAUUUGAACUUUGUAUAAGAUUUAAAAAUAAAGGAAAAAGAGUAUCAGAAAAAGAUCAUGAUAUAGAAGGUGCUUGGGAAAUUUUCUUUAGAAUUUAUAAAAGAAUUCAUAAAUCUAUUAAUGCUGUUGCUGUAUUAGAAUUACCUCAUGUUUCACCUAGAUUAAUGGAAGCUCAUGAUCUUGAUAUUGCAGUACCUGGAACAUAUAAAGCACAAAAUGUUAAUAAUAUUAUUAGAAUUAAAUCUAUUAUACCAGUUCUUAAUAUUAUUCCAUCUAAACAAAGACCAAGAAAACUUACAAUUAUUGGAUCAAAUGGAAAAGAAUAUAAAUAUUGUUUAAAAGGACAUGAAGAUUUAAGACAAGAUGAACGUGUUAUGCAAUUAUUUGGUUUAGUUAAUGAUUUAUUAGCAAGUAAUUCUAUUACUUCUACACAUCAUUUAUUUAUUACUUGUUAUGAUGUUAUUCCAUUAAGUACAAUGAGUGGAUUAAUUGGUUGGGUACCUCAUAGUGAUACAUUACAUCAAUUAAUAAAAGAAUAUAGAGAAUGUCAUAAUAUUCCAGUUGAUUUUGAAAAAAGAUUAAUAAAUAAAUUAUGUCCUAGAUUUGAUGAUCUUCCAUUUUUACAAAAAGUUGAAGUCUUUGAAAGAGUUUUAGCUGAAUCUUCUGGAAUGGAUUUAGCAAAUAUUUUAUGGUUAAAAAGUUCUUCUUCAGAAUCUUGGAUUGAUAGAAGAACUAAUUUUACUAGAAGUGUUGCUUUAAUGUCAAUGGUUGGUUAUAUUCUUGGUCUUGGUGAUAGACAUCCUUCUAAUCUAAUGUUACAACGUUUUACUGGAAAUGUUGUUCAUAUUGAUUUUGGUGAUUGUUUUGAAGUUGCUAUUCAUCGUGAAAAAUUCCCUGAAAAAAUUCCUUUUAGAUUAACUAGAAUGAUUGUUAAUGCUAUGGAUGUUAGUGGUGUAGAAGGUACUUUUAGAAUUACUUGUGAAAAUGUUAUGACAGUUUUAAGAGAAAAUAAAGAUAGUUUAAUGGCUGUUUUAGAAGCAUUUGUAUAUGAUCCUUUAAUUGUUAGAUUACUUGGUGGUAAGGAUGUUGAUGAUGACGAUGAUAAAAUGAAUAAAGAAAAUCAAGGUGAAAAUUAUGUCAUGAAAUCUAAAGCUGUUUCUGUAAUGAGAAGAGUAUUAGAAAAAUUAACUGGAAAAGAUUUUGGAAAUGAAGAAUUAAAUGUUCAUGAUCAAGUAGAUAGAUUGAUUAGAGAAGCAACCUCAAAUGAAAAUCUUAGUCAAUCAUAUCAAGGAUGGUGUCCAUAUUGGUAA